UCUGCUUGGGAUAUUACUGAAACAUUGCAGCGAUUUUUGCAAUGUUUUUGCAAUGCUCUGCUGUAUGGGAUGUAAUCGCUACCUGCAGUGAGGACUGCCGUUCGCAAAAAUCGUGGCGCUUCUCUUUUUCUCGCCGUUCCUUCGUCUUCUCUUCGCGACGCGGAAACCACGCGAGAAGUCAUCUUUUAUUCCCAUUCUAUGUUUCGCAUUUCGCGUUUCGCUGUACGCGAUUUGAUUUUCAAAUAAAUCCCGAAUGGUGCGACACAACAUAAAUGUGUAAAUAUUGUUACCUUCGCCAUAAUCCCCGGGACGUGACGCUUUCCGCGACGUACGACGCGAUUCUAUGCACGCGCGAGUAGCUGCUGCAACAAACAGCAAUCGGAGCGGACGGAGAGCUUGCGCCUUUAAGAGGAGAACGGUACGCAACGAACCAGCAUGGAGCCACAGGAGGAUUUCUUCGGUAGCAAUUUUUCGGAAACGGACGUGCGACAUAAUCGGGACUCAUUUAAGGGUGACGGAAAAGAAGCGAGAGCAGGUAACGUACAGAUUGUGUCGGUCGACAAAGUUACUGUUGAAAAAAUCGUUCUCGAAUCUUUAAACGGAUCGCGAGAAGUAUUGUUAACGAAAAACGAAACUUCGAGGAAACUGUCUCUGAAUUCGGAAACGAAGCCGAAUGUUGUUAAAUAUGUGAAAGACGAGCGGCAGAAAUCAGCGAGUAACGAUAGAUUUCGUGUCACGGAAAAUGCGUUUAUGAAACCAAAAGAUUCUAAGACCAGCAGCCAAUCGAAACUUCCUAUUCUGAAGAGCCGAAAGAGUAACGGUGUUAUUAUUUCAAGCGAAGAAAGCAGAAUCAAGCCGAUUAAGUUCCCUACAAGCUCGUCGGUCGGUAGCACCGUGAUCGAAGGUUCGAAUUCGACGAACGAGAAUUUCAAAAAGAAGAACACAGUGCCGCCAAAAAUCUCGGAGAAAUCUAUAACUAAAAAUGAGCAUAAUUCAUCUUUGAUAGAGACCUCGGUCUCCCUCGCGAAAGCAGAAUCUUCAGAAGAUUUAUUAUUGAAAGAGGAAAAAGUUGUUGACGAGAUAGUGGCUGAGGUUAAGCAAGAGCAAACUGAACAAGAACUUCUCGAGACGGAAGACGCUACGGUCGAUGAAAAAGGUGACAGUAUAAGCUGCGUCGAAAUCGUUAGACACAAUGAGACUUCUGAGGCAGCAAACGUGAACUGUAAGCGUGAGUCAGACGAGAUUAAGAAGGAGGACGACGUUGAGAGGCGUGAAAGAGACGCGAGAGUUGACAGAGACGUGCGCGAUCGUCUGGAGAAGAGUCAAGCGACUAUCGACGAUCUUCAGAAGAACCUGAGCACCAAGAUUCACGCUAGCACCGCGCGAAGUUACAAGGAGAAACUGUUGGGUCUUCAGGGGAAUUAUGCUCUGAAGCCACCGAUUAUCUCGGAGUCGAGCUGCAGCGAGAGAUUAAGUUCCGGAUUCGACAAGGAUUUUCUCGAGAGGCACAACCUGGAUAAGCGGUUGAAGAUCGAGGAGAAGAGGCUGUUGGAAACCGAUCUCGAUUACACGUCCGACAACGACAGAGCCAGCGAGACCGACGAGCGGCCAUCGAAUAAGAUCGACGUCAAACGGAAGUACAGCGAGAAGGUGACGGAGGUGGAGAAAAGAUGGUCCGGGGAAUUCCUGGAUAACCGCUUGCAACGGAACUCCUCAGAAUCUUCCAAGUCGUCUUACGUAGAGGAGUUCGGCAGCGUGUCCUCGCGCGAGAGUAUCGUCGAGGGUCGCGACGCCCUGGUAUUCUUCGAUCGGAAACAUCCGGAGGCGAAGUUCACGUCGAUCGAUGAGCCGAAAAGACGAACUUCGGAGGAGAUCCUUGAGAAUAGUACCGUGAGCACCGUCGACUCCGAUUCGUGUCUGGAGGAUAGAAUUAAAGCAGUCGACGAAGACAUCGCCCACGCGGCGCGCGGAGAGGACGAGAUACAGACGGAUGACAACGAUGAUAUCGAGGGAUCUGAUCGAGCUUACGACGACGAGGAAGAUAAAGAUUGCAUUCGAUGGAAUGAAGGAGUAGACAGGGCUGAUGCAAUUAUCACGACAACGGCGAUAGUUCACGAGGAUCGAAGCUCGAGAGAAGAAAAUAUUAAAAGUGAUGCUACUAGCGUUACCAACGAUACGAAUUCGAACGAAGUGAAGAGUGACGAUAAACAGAACGUUGGAGAAACACGAAACGAGACAAUUGCCGAUGGAAAGAAUCUUUUAACUGAAAAUAAAAACGAUCAAACUUUCAAUUCUUUUACGGUGAUUAAUUCGAAGGAAUCCAUUGAGCCGACGACCUUCGUCGUCCUGAGUCAUCGCGGCAAAGACGGUUACGCAAAUCUCGUAAAGGAAUUCGCAAUGGAGGCGGGAUCGUCUAAGGUGAAGAAGGAAGAGAAGCAGAAGAAGAAGCUCGGGUUUCGGCGUCUCUUACCGGCUAUCUUCUCCCCGAAGGAUUCUCGAAAGGAUUACAAAAAGAAGGAGCAGAAGGAGCGAAGGCGAUACGAGGAGCGACAUUUCGCUCGUUAUCAGCAAAAUGGAAAUUACACGAGAUCGCCGGACACGAUGAACCUGAACGAGGACAUCAAGAGAAAUGUCAAACUGGAUAACAGCCUGAACGGUUCCAUCAUCGAAGAGAGAUUGGACGAAAUCAAGCGCGAAUUGUUUCCCGAACAAGGACCGAUCACUAGUACGCCCGAUCACUUCCUGCAGACGGACGACACGCGACUUCUUCGCGAGAGGACCAGAGGUCAAAGGUCGUAUACCGCUAAUUCCAGCCUCAGCUCGAUCGCGCCGGAAGAGAGGUGGUUAGAACGAAGCGGACAGUUCGGUAUCUCGCCCGACAUCAGGAAGUACGAGCAGAGGCAGAGACGCGAGGAGCACGACAGCCGGCGAUACGGCCAUCUGGAGCGCAAGCACAGUCUGCAAGAGCCGAAUCACGGCGGCGGGCGUACUUACCUUUUCCAGAGGAAUCACGCUGCUUCCGGGCGAAUCUCGGCGCCGCCCGGGGAACGGUAUUACAUACGGUCGCGGGCUAUUCAUCCUGUUGACAGGCCGCUGCCCGAUAUCCCGCAGUCGCGACUCGAGCUCUCCAACUACGAAAAUUACCAGGACGACAUUGAUCAGUUAUGUGACAACCUCACUGGUCUGGACGUUGCCGACAACGUAGAUUACCGAAGUCGAUCCGGGCUUUAUCAGAACGACAGGAGCCUCGAGACGACUCUAAUCCACAGUCCGCCGCAGUCGGUCCCAGCGCAAGUUAAAAUUACUCGACAGCCAAUCGUGAAUCAAAAUCAAAGAGCACCAUUGAUUGGAAGAAGCCCGGCGAAGUAUCCGUCAUCCGGUUCUAGCCAGAAGUCCGGUGACUACGCCGACUCGAGUUGCACACCCAAUUCGAGUCAAAAGAGCGAAUUCUCGCCCACUAGCUCGAAGAGCGGCGAGUACUACUUGAACUCGCCUCGUAGCAGCGCUCGAGCUUCGCCCGCUGACCGACCGGUCUUCGAAGAUGCGUGCGAAAUGAUUUACGAGAACGAAGGUCAGACUUCCCAGCCAUCGGGUAACUACGUCGACGAACACGUUUAUGACGAGACUCCACCGUCACCGUGUCGCGAGGAUCGUUUCCCGUGCACGGAAACAUCGGAUCGUAUAGCGGAGAAUUCGCCGGAGAAAAAAGAUAACUUGAUCUUCGAACAAAAAUGUUCAUCGAAUCAACAAUCGCCCUCAAAGAAUCGUUCCUUCCAGUAUUGCGAGAAUAACGAAUGUUUACGAACCGAAUCAAAGCGAGAAAUGGAAAAAUCGCGCGAAGAUUGCUUAAAGAGUUGCGAGAAUGCUGAAGCAAAUUUGAAAAGUGACUCGUUAGCGUGCAAUCAAGCCGAGAGAUCGUCCAUUCAGACCACAUCGCCGUCGAAAGCUGGCACGACAGUAGCGACGUCCCCCUUGGCGGGUUCACGGACCAGGAGGUCACAGCCCGACGAUCAAAUCUUGAUUGCCUCACCCAAGCGAGAAGCCAUCUGCCAGUCCCGUGUUCCUCGGCCAUCGAACGAGGCCAGGUUCUGCAACACGGAAUCGCCCGUUCCCAUAGCGGAUUCGCGCGACAACAUCUCUGGCAUUGUUCCAAUCGAAGUGCGAAAUCAGUACGGCGGCCAGAAUUCUUCCGCCACGGGAAUGAGGAGGUCUAUUGUACAAAGAAGUGUAUUAUCUUUCUCGAAGGGUAUCUCGCGUCCCGAGCCAAUUUACGGACAUCGCGGACAGCCGAGUCCAUCUGCUCGCGUUAACGCGGUAGCUUCGGAAACGAGAGAUGGUGGGCGCGAGAACGAUCAGUUGUCGCCACCCGAUCCGUACGGUUUGAUUAAACCGUGUAGUAAUGUCGACGAGAGGAUGGUUCGAGUUCAAGGUCGGAAUUCAACAUCGCGAAGUCCACAGUCAUGCGUGUUGGAGACCAAACAAAUGCUUAACGAAUCGGGAAGACGAGUAGCACGAUCCCCGAUACGCGAGCCAUCGAACGCGACUCAAGAGAUUUGUCCGCAACGGCGACACGACGCCACACAGCAACAGCGAACAUCUCCGUUCACGACUACAGCGUCGUCAUUGGAAGGUCAGCGGCAGACGUCGCCGACUGCGAAUCAGGACAAGAUGUACAUAAGCGCAAAUUCGCUACAGCGCGAGCCGAUUUACGAGCAGCGCCAACGACAGUAUCAACCGCAACAGCAGCAGCCGCGACAAGGCCAGGAGCUGUACGUUCAACGAAUUGCCGACGCAACCUGCGGCCAGCAAAGUCAUCCGACUUGCGGGCUAUUAUCGCCUUCAAAGCAAAAGACUAGGCAGCACUUGGAAGCAUUUUAUUGGCAGCAAAAGGCGCUGGAGGCGCAUCGGAAGUCGACGAACUCCGCUCAAACGAGGCAGGCCGCGCCGAAGAUCGAUCUGCCAGAAAUGAGAGAGGCAGUAUAUUGGCAGCAAUUGAAGAAACUGGAUGAGGAGCAACAGCGACGGAUCUACGAGCAAAAUUCGAUGCAAGAUGGAGUGUACGAAACGUACCACAAGACGAGUACUGGUAGCCCUAUGAUGCCGGCUGCGUUGCCGAAUCAAGCAUUCGGUUCUAACGCGACGGCGCUCGGCCCCGUUAUUCACGGGGAUGGAUCUUCCUGGAGUAACGUGCAGCAACGUCUCAAGAUGAGUCCGACCGGAAAACCGCCAUUGAUGCAAGCUCAAAAGGGUCAAAAUCAGCCGGUGCUGAUAGUCAGGCCGCAGCAGGCGCUGCGAGAUCGUCAGGAGAUGUCAAUGAAGUCUAUGAAUCCACGUGAUCCUGCGGGACACGACGCGCAGAGAUCGAAAAGCGCUUCUCCGCACUUCCAUAGAGGCGACAUCGAGCGUACCAGUCUUCACGUAACGUGCAGAAAACCAGUCGCGGAGGGAAGGGCCGGCACGGCAUCCCCGGCGAGAAAAUCGGAAGUCGGUGGAAUUUACGAGGAAGACGGUAACGACAGCGAUGUCAGAUGUCGGCCGCAUCCUAUAUUCAAGCGAGGAAGCCUGAUAGGGGGAGAGUCGGUGGAGUACGGAAGCACUGGUCCCAAGAGAGUCAGUUUCUCUAAUCAACCGAACGCCGGGCCGGAUUUAGCGGCUGGCAAUUGGCCGACUAAGCGUGGGACGGCGCCCGAGCCGCCGACCAGGCGACACAAAAGUGAAGACAGCACCUCGGAUACCGAUUCGGUGUUUCUGCAACAAGACGGAGCCCAAGAUGCUUCGUACGUCACCCGCAACGCGGGCCCGUCCUCGAGGUGUCGCUCGGACGGUAGUUGCUCGGAGCAGGAAUACGAUGCUAAUAAACCUCUGCCCCCUCCGCCCUUGAUAAUCUUCCGUCGCGGAAACAGUGCCAGGAAUUACGCUUGCAGCGAUGCCCGAUGGAGCAACGAGGAGCAACGCGGCAGUCGGCGAAAGCAGAGUGAGGAAGAGUGGAAUCCAGAUGGCAAGGGUCGGCAGUCCAAUGAUACCGGCGGAUCUGUCAGGGGGGAGGUUGAACCCGGCUCGAACGAGCUCACACCUGGCAGACGGUCUGGCGGUGGCGGCGGCAUCGGUGGUGGAGGCGGCGGUGGCGUCUUGGGGGUCGGCGCCGGCGGCGGCGGCGGGGGCGGCUCGGGGGGCCGCAGCUCCUCCGGUAGCCGCUCGAGGGACGAGCCGAGGAGGCACACCCUUGGCGGCGAUCAUCAACCCUCCCUACAUCAUCAGCAGUUCAACGCGGCGCAGCAGCUGCAUCCCCUACAUCCGCAUCAUUUGCCGCCACCACACGGCCAGUACGGCACCCCGCCCUCGCGACACACCACCAUGGAUCUCGAGAUGGGGACCAAGUCUCGCCAGAGAAAGUCGCCUCUGCCGCGUGGCUACCCUCCCCCGUCUUCAACGAUGCUAUUCGAUGAUGACCCGGGCAUCAUGUCCGAGGUGGAGACCUCCAGCACGGGAUUUCGACGAGGGGGCAAGCAAAGGAGCAGCCUGCCCGUCGUACGAACGCCCAGCAAGACUUUGGAGCGACCACUAGGACUGGUGUUCCUGCAGUACAGGAACGAAACGAAGAGAGCAUUGCUACCGAACGAGAUUACAAGUAUAGACACUGUUAAGGCCCUCUUCGUCAGAAGCUUUCCAAAACAACUCACUAUGGAAUACCUGGACAGUCCUCACGUAAAAGUUUAUAUACACGACAGCAACAAGGACAUGUUCUACGAACUUGAAGAUCUAAGAUCGCACCUGCGAGAUAUAAGGGAUCGCAGUGUCCUGAGACUUUUCGAGAGUGCCGACGGAGUGACGGGGAUGCCGGGGCCCCUGGGGGUGCCAGGAGGCGGAGGCGGUCUGCCUCCCCAUUGGGAAGACCAGAGCUAUUUCAGCGAACCAGAAUUCGACAGCGAAUAUCAGCAUCAGCACAUUCACAAGAGCAAGUCGGCCAAGAACUCGACAUCGGGCAGUUACUACGUGGGCGGAAGCAGCACCCUGCCGCGCGGUGGGUCCCUUCUGAGGGCGUACAGCCCGGCGGCGUCGAGCGUCGUCGGGGGUCCAAGCUCGACCCCGACGCAGCCCAAGACUCUCACCACACCAGAUGGUUGGAUAGGUGUUGGCGGGGUGCCGCCGGCCAAGCCGCUUCGCAGCUACCAGUGUGGUAAGAGUCCCCUUGGAAGCCUCGGGGGCUCGGCGCGCUUCUCUAGAGACAGCUCGGUCUCCCUCUAUAGUAUACCAGAUCGGCUACACGGGGAGAGUGGAUACAUGAGCAGCCCCGAGCGCGGUGGCGGCGUCGGUUCCGGAAGCGGAAGAUAUCCACCCGGGCCUUACAGCGCCGGCAGCAGCUACGAAGAUCCGUAUUACUCGCAAUACUCGGGGACCGUCACGCCCGUCAUCGACGAAGAAGCCAGCGAUACGGAGCUGUUGGAGGAAUCGUACAGUCUUUACGGCGUGAAACCACCGGGGCGUCCACCGUCUGGUCCCCCGCGGUCCCCGUUUCCUCCGGGGGCGCCAGCCUCCCUGCCACCCGGUGGACCGGGCUACGACGCUACUCGGAUAAGGGUGGAGCACAUGGAGAGACAACUGGCCAAUCUGACCGGGCUCGUGCAAAAAGCCCUGACACACGCGCCGCACACCAGUCCUUCGCCGCGAGAGUACUUGCAGGUCCCGCCGGGACGUGAUCCUUACGCGAGAGCAGCAGGCGCCGGGGACGAGUUCGACAAACAUUCUAGCUCCAGCUCUGCCUCACUGCCAGUGUCUCAACCUGCCGUUACAGAUGACUCGUACUUAAGGACUGACGUUAAACCGCCAAAAUUAGGCAAAGACAAGUCGGUGUCGUUUGAAAAGUCAGUGUCCUUCAGUGACGAGCCACCAGACAUGAACUCCCCCAAACAACAUUCCCCGCAACAUGCAGCGGACACAAAACCCACGAAACCGGCGAUCAAAUCCUCCACGUUGCCGAGGAUGUCGUCUCAAGAGAGAGACAGGCACAAGCCGACACCGCCGCCAAAACCGGUUGCGUUGGUGGCCGGUGGUCAGUACGUGUACAGGGAUCUGGCGCUUACGCCAGAGAUGUACAACCAACUGAGGGGUCUCCAGAAAAAGGCGAAGGACCUCAGGCAGGAAGUGAGAAACUUGAGGCGCAUGUCGCAGGCCCAAGCCCACUCAGUGCGCGAGACUAUCAAGGACACGUUUAUCACGAUCAGGGCAAUGCUAUUAUCAGGAGGGGACGCGGCUUGGACGGCCGGGGACACGGAGAAGAUCCGACUGAGCCGCGAGGAGGAUCUCUACAAGCAAGAGAUGAUAAGGCUGGAAAAAGAUCUCACCGAGCUAGAGAGCACCGUGGAGGAGCUUCGCGGUAACGUGAUCAAUAGAAAGACGCGUGUCAAUAUGUCGGAUGUGGAGAACAUGGCUUUGAUAUUGAGUAAAUCCAGCAAAACCGUGGCCGACCUGAAAGUACGGUUCCCAAAUUUGCAAGAGGGUAUGAAGGGUCUGCUGAGCUCCGAAAUGGAAAAGGUGGUACGCGAGGAGAAGUUCCUGAAGGAAGAACCCGAACGACUGGAAUCCGCGUUAAGACGUUGCAAGAAACUCACCGGCACCCUCGUGACGCUCAAACGCUUGGCGUCGGUGCAAGAGCAGCGAUUACCAAACGCAGCGAGCGUAGAUGCCGAGGACACGCCGCCUAUAACACCGACGACGGCACAGCAAUCCAAGGCAACUGCCCCUGUGCCAGCGGAACGCACUGUCAUCGUGGGGGCAGCGAGCAUCCUCGGGGGAGGGGGCCACCCUCACGAGUCAUCCGCCGACCAUCAGCAGCGUCCGGAGAACGCACUCGACGCUCUGCUAGACGAGCUGCAGACCUUCUCCCGACCGGGCUCGCAGUUGGGCCACGUGUCAAGCAGCCUGUCGGUGCACCCGGGCUCGAACGUGCUCCUGGCCGACAUUGGCCGCUCCAGCCUCCGAGGAGACUCAACAAGCGUCAUAGUGACAGCCAGCAGCGGCGGUGGCGGCGGCGGCGGCGGCGGACGCGCGCCCAACAUCAGCGAUAUCGGACGGAAGGGCAGCGUGGAUUCCUCUAGCGGUACUCUGACCGCGCCUCCCACCAUCGGCCUGAUGGGUCUGCCCGGGAUGACGCCGGGCGGCACCCUGCGUCGUCUGCACUCGUACCCCUCGAGCUCGGACACCGACACAUCACCGCCCAUCGCCAGGCUGCAGGCGCUGUCGCUGGAUCAGCAGGCGCAGCAACAACAGCAGCAGCAGCAGCAAUCGCAGCCGGGCAUGCCGGUACCGUCGCAGAACUUCCUACCCGGGCAGAAGCCGCCGGUGCCGGAACGAAAUGCCGAACUGCUGCAGUUGGCGAGCACCAGGAGGGUACCGCCACCACCGCCGCCGCGUACCAGCUCCCGAUCGCCCCUGGCAAGCCCCACCAGCCCGCAGCUGCCACCCAGAAACCAUCCGUGCAACCUGCAGAGCGGCAACGCGACCUUGCGCCGACCCUCGCGCGGUAACAGUAACAACGGCCUCGUCGCCAAGGAGGGUAAGCCGCCGAUGGCCCUACCAACGAACGCCAUCCUGUCCACCGUGGACCAGAUCGCUGCGACUUCGCUGGCGCAGACCGCGCCGGGUGUCGCCCCGCCGCCGCACAACUCCUCGUCCUCGCAAUCCGCGGUGCUGUCGACCAGCAACUCCAGCUCCUGCGAGAGCGUCAACUCGCAGGAGGGCCUACAGAGCAAGCGCGGCCGGCAGGAGCAGCUGGAGCAACGGCACCAGGAGCUACUCAGGAAACAGAAAGCUUUGCAGGAACAGUACGCUAGGCUGCAACAGUUGCAGAGAAACGCGGCCGGUCUUACCACCGUACCGCCGGCGCCACCCGAUCUCCUGAAGAAGACCGGCUCCGAGAGCAACCUCUUGGCGAAGAUGGGUCUCGGCCUGAGCACGGCAACUUCCGGAUCUCUCACCAGCCUCAGCCUCAAACCCCAGGUCUUGCAGGACGCCACGAGCGACGGUAGUAAUCAGAUUGCCAAAAUCGAGAUCAUCAAUGGGCAAGCGAUCCCGACGACCGCCGCGGCAACGACCAACGGUCAAGUCUCCGGUAUCAUGUCCACGAUGGUGGUAUCGGGCCCGACGACCACCGGCUCGGCCACCACCGUCACCACUACAUCUACCACGACCACCAGCAAGGUCUACGAGACGGACAUUCUGUGACCGAGAAGCCGCUCGCUGAUCGGCUGCUCGACCGUCAAGGUCGCCACUGAGAUCGCGCUGGCGAGUUAACAUGGCGGCCGACGGGAUUGCGAGGCUAUUAUCGCGUGAUCCUCGGUCCUCGGAUGACGACAGUCCCCGGGCAGGUGAUCCGUCACAUAAGAGGAGCAAGAGGAAGGGGACGAGCGCACGGAAUGAACAGCCGAAGAAGAAGAAGAUUCGUGUUCGAGUUUGACAACAAGGAAUUGCUAGAAUUAAAAAGACCAAGUUGGCUGGUGGAGACAGGAAGGAGCGCGACUUGAAGAGUGGGAAGAGCGAAAACUGGAGGAAGGCUGCUUCCGAUAUCCUGAACGACAAGAGGGCACCGCCGUAUCAAGCGGGCGCUUGAAACGUCUCUUGAAAAGUAGAAUACAGCGUAGGGAUUCAGCGCGAAAGACGCGCGUAAUAAUACCACACUAAUCGCUAUGGUUAAUAUAAUAGUAUUAAUGAUUGGAAAAGAAUCACACGGCGCGAGGGAACCUUUUUGAUAGUGUCGACGUCCGAACUGAAAAAGAGAGGAAUUAGAAAAAGGAAAGCAGAAAUAGGAAACGCGACGUGUAUCUCGCAUCACGUAGCAUAUUCAAAGCGGAUAGGCGGGCUACAUCCCGAUUUUCGCGUCUUGCCCUCGGUCUCUCGAUCUUUACCCCAACUAAGACCAUGCCGAAUUCUCAAAGUCGACCUGAAUGCCUCGCACAAGUCCGUACGUCCGUACCCCUCGUGACGUCUGCGUGUGCCAAAUACGAGAACAGAGGAGGAAACACACUCGCGUACUUUUUUCUAAGAUAAUUAUACAUCCGUAAUAAUCCGGCUAUUCGUUCUUUCUUCAUUAUAGUAGGACGAGCGUAAGUUCUACGUAGGCGCGAUCAUCGUAUAUAAAUAUUAUACAUAUAUAUAUACAUACGUAUUAUAUAUAUAAAUAUAUACAUACACGCUACACAUGUACGCGCGGGCGGACGGGAGAUUUAUAUAAAUAUAUACACGUAAGUGGAGAUAGAUAGGUAGAGCUAAGUACAUAGUAUAUAAAAUUGUAUAUUUCAUGUGUACGAAAUAUACUGCGAGACGUACAUACGUAUUAAAUACACACUCGUGUGUGUCGUUAACGCCGCGCCAUAGACACCAUUGCGGUACGAUCCUUUUUUUGGACGACAAAAUUGCUCGUGUAGAAACGCGUUUUGUACACGACGACGAGGACGGUUCUAACGUGCACAGACGUGACUUUUAUCAGAAAGGUUUAAAACAAUUGUCUACCGUACGUGUAUAAAAUAUACACACAUCCAGCCGCAUUUACACGAAUAUAUAUACACAUAUAUACAUGUACACACACGCACAUAUAUGUAUAUAUAUAUUUGUAUAUAUAUAUUUACUAUAUACAAAUUGCGUAGCGAUAGGCGAUCAACGUGAUUAUUCUCGUUACUGGUAAGAAAUUUACAAAUGGCACUGUGGCGAGAAAUACACGAUCUAUUCAGGGGGUACGAAGGGACACGGUACAGCGGAGGUGAGAACCCAACACAAUACGAGAAGGUCGACAAAAGGAGGGUAAUAGGAUGAACAUCAAGAUAUAUUAGCGAUAAACUAGUCUAAUUACCAUAAAUCAAUCGGGAUCAUAGAAGAAUCAAGUGGUAUGAAAUAUUCUUGUAUCGGCAGUACAUGUAUAUCUGUAUAAUCUUCAAUUGACGUGAGAGAUACAUCGAAUUAAUUGGAAAGUUUGUCAUCUUUCUUUAGAUUAUAAUUCUACUUUCACUUCAAUAUGCAGGAUCGUUAAUUACAAAAUUGUUAGAAUUUAAUAUCUUCCUGUAGGAAUAAAAUCAGAGAAAGGAACAAAGGAAAACAAUCUGCAAUUUUUCAGACACAGGACUUCAUGUUUAAUUUUUGAAUUUUGUCGAAUAAAAAAAAAUAUAUGUAUAUUUUUUUUAAGUCCAUUUUUCUCAGAAAUCUAAUGCAAAGACUACGCACAGAAAAAUAUUUCUACUGUUAAGAAACGCGAUUACGCAAUUUACUUUUCUUCUUUCAAGUAACGGUUAGCAAAGUAUAUUUUCUUUAUAAUAAUAUUAAAAUAUACAUUAAAUUUUUAAAAAACCUAUUAUCAUGCGCUCAAAAAAAUAAUUUCUAUUCUCUUUCAAAGAGUAUCAAAUUUUAUUGAGGAAAAAUCAAAAUCAGACAUAAAGAUAAUACUUGGUUUACUAUAAAGAAUAUUUAUUUAAUUCAAGCAACUUAUAGUAUAUAUUUUUCUGUGUGUAGGUGAGUGAAAAAGAAAAUUAAUUAACCCGGAAUUAGCACUACUUUAGUGUAGAUAUAGCUGAUGCCAGUCCGAAAUAACGUGGCUGAUAAUGAUCGAGAGACACGGCAAGACGCGCGAGAAAGCCGGCGAAUUUUUCCGGCGGCCAAAGGUGUGCGUUAGGAAGGAUAUUGCUCAAUAUUUGCCAACCCGAACGCAACAGCUCCGCUACAUAUACAUCUUGUAACUAACGCCACGCAACGUGCAUCCUGCGUCAAAUUAUUUGGACGAUUUCGAUCAUUAGCUAAUUAUCACCCUGCGCCCUACCGCGUCACAGCCAGAUGAUCGUCAAAUCAUCGCGCUUCGUCAUCUCUCCAUUGUCGCGAUUACCGGAUGGAUCGAAUGUUUUGCGAACAAGGUGGCGAAUCCGCGUUUCGCGAUCAAUAGCUGUCGUUUUUAAUAUAUUUGCGACUAACAAUUGAGUUUGUAACGCGAUCAUAGAAAAAGAUCAAAGAAAAAAGGGCUAUCCUAAAGUGCUAUUCGUAUGUUUCGUACGUUAGCAUUACUUUAGAAAUGAAAAUUCAUCCACAAUAUUUAGAACAUCUUUUUACAAUUUUAAGAAAUUUUUUACUACUUUAUACAUGCAUUUUUUACUUUAUUUAUCCUACUUUAAGUAAGUUGUAAAGUGUUAGAAUAAUUAAACUAACACUGUUUUAAUGUAAAUAAAAUCUUGUUAAAUGUUAUUUUAAGCUAGCAAAAUUUUAAUAACAAAAAUUGUACUAAACUUGAUUUAGCAAUUGGGAGUGUUUAUCAUUAUCUAUAUAAAAUUAUCUAGAUAAUCAUCUAAAUAAAGAAAUAGCUUUAUCUUA